GUGUGACGGAUGCACAUGGAUGAACAAAAAAAAUUCCGUCGCGGCCAAGUGAUGAAUGUGUAACAAAGUUCGUGAAUUGAAUCGCGAUUUGUCAUUCAGCAGUAGUUGGAUGUCCGCCAUGACGGAAUUCGCUCUAAUCAACUUCAAAGGAUUCAAAUUUUUAAUAACCAAAAAUCCAUCCAACAAUAACUUGGAAGCAUUCAUCAAGGAGCUCAAGAAAAACAAUGUAAAGAUCGUCAUUAGAGUGUGUGAGCCGACUUACGACACUGAAGCUUUGAAAGGAGCUGGCAUACAAGUUGUUAAUUUAACCAUUCCAGACGGAACCUGCCCUUCUGAUUCCAUAGUUCAGGAAUUUUUCCAUGUUUGCAAAAGACAGUUUUGUAUUAAUCCGGAGUCGUGUAUAGCAGUUCAUUGUGUUGGAGGACUGGGAAGAGCUCCAGUAAUGGUGGCCAUAGCUUUAAUGGAGCUAGGAUAUACUUACGAAGAUGCUGUACAACUGAUUCGACAAAAGAGGAGAGGCGCGAUCAACGCCAAGCAACUGGAAUUCCUAUCAAAGUACAAACCAAAGUCGCGACUGGGCAACGAUAAAAAGAAAUGUGUGAUUCAGUGACGUAGCAAAACGAAGAGUAUCUGCCUUGUUCGAAAGUUUUCGUGGAGUCUUCCUGUUUACUGAUUUUGAUAUCUAGGUGCUAGAUUAUGCAAAUGGUUUAUAAAAUAUAUUCUGUCUUUCGGAUUGUUUAGAUUGUUUUGUCCAGAUAGUUGAAGGAUACUGAGUGAAAAAUAAAAUGUUAGAUGCCUUACUAGGUAGCGCAAAUUAAAUUCCCUCUGGUCAUAAUUACCACAUUAAUAAAACUUUGUAUUGAUUUUAAAAUAAAUUUGUUUUAAAAUUAUGUACGUCUUUAACAAAAAGAUGGUUUAUAUCAAUGAGAUGAUAAUAUGUAAAAUAUCACAUUUAAGGUUAUUUUAUUAAGAACACUACAAAUCUUUCUUGAAAUCGUGUCCUUGUCUGUCUAUCUGUCUAUGCAAUAGUACUUACAAGGAAUAGUACUCUAAUCUUAAAACUUGGUGUAUAUGUUCUUGUUAGUCCGAGAAAUAGCCCUAUUGAAUU